AUGGGCUCCCGGGAGCCAGCAAAUCAGUACAGUCAUCGUGCUCGACAACAGCAAGCGCUUUCGAUGCGGUCAAUUCUCGCCAUCCUGCUUUCCGGGCUGGUCGCCUGUUCGAUGGUGCUAUGCAAACUUCCGCACUACACGGUGUUCAAAAGUUUUCCCACGGCUCUGAGAGAGUGCGCCGAAUAUUUUCAGAUGCCCAACUGCACCCUUCGGAAUUACAUCGAGCAGGACUAUCCCGAUGAGCCGAUUGUAAAAAAGUUGCUCCAUUGUACGAUGGUUAAUUUGGCCAGCUGGGACGAUGGUACCGGGAUACGGGAGUUUGUUUUUCGCAACUUCUUCCGGCCGAUUCCCGAGGACAGCUGCUAUGAGAAUCGAACCCGCGAGUGUGUACAACAUUCCCUGCAAUAUUUGAACGACGAUUGCUUCAACAGUCGAGCGUACGAAACCUUCAAGUGUUACUACCGGCAUUUUGGCGACUUGGUCACUAGCGAUCAAUACAUCCCGAACGAGAAACUUCAAUUACAGCAGCUGGUACAAACUUCGUUGAUCAUUGAAAGCCUUCCGCGAUCCGUUCUAGCCCGGUACUGCAAAGGAGACAUUUUAGAUGAACCGCAUUUCCCCGACCUCAUGCUAGCCAUCUUCAUCCGUGGUGGAUACUAUUCACUGGAUGGGGGGAUCCAGUUGGAGAACAUCUACACUCAGCUCGGUGAUCCGGAACUGCUGACGCCGCAAACGCGUCAGUGCUGCGAAGCCGUUGGUAGUUCAUUCUGUGGCUCAAGCCAUGCUGAGAAACUUCAUCAGAUAGGUCGUCGAUGUUUGUUCGAAAUCACUCCAACGGUGCAACUCGUGCAAGAAGCUGCCAAAUUGUUGAUAGGUGAUGAUCCGUCAUGUGGUUGUGGUAUCGAGCCGUUGCCGCCUCCCAGCAGCUGUGAUUGCUCUGGUGGUCCACGGAAUCAGAUUGCUCCGGUCUAUAACCGAGUUUGA